UCACAUGUCUAUUAUAGUGUGAAUGUAUUUAUUACAAUGAUUCUAUUUUAAUAUAUAAGAGAUCGUAACGAAACAUCGGUUUUUCUUGUUAAUUCAUUGAUAUCUCCGGUGAUUUCAAAUGUCAACUUGAAAGCUUAAAUGAUUUUAUAAUAUCUAAGGUGGCAACAAACUUUAACUAUGGAAGGUAUCUUAAAUUGGAAUUGAAGUUACAGAUUCCUUUUCUUGAUGGUUAAAUGCCCUUAAAACAUAUUCUAAGCAUUUUGGAUUCAAUACACGUCAAAUGGUGAACAUCAAUCCAAAUUUUGUAGGUUAAAGAAUAUAAAUUCAAUCAGUAAAAACGUGUAUUAGUUUGCUUUGCAUAAUUUUAAAUGUGUGUUUUGAUAAUAAAAGCAUCGGCAGAUGCGAACGCCAGCCAAAUGUCGAAACCCGGUCCACACUUAACACCUAGGGUUUCGUCGUUACAAGUGGACGUGUGCGUAUGUAUAUACAUAACACUAAUACACGCGUCUAUUCAUAAAGGUUCAAAUCUAUAAAAGGAGGUAAGAGUGAGAGGAAACGGCUGAGUAUCCGGGAAGCACAAUACGAAGCAAAGAGAGAGAGAUAGGGUCGCAUUAGAUACGGAACGGUCCACUUAAGAACCGUGUUUCAUUUUGAUUCUCUCAAUCACUCUUGUCUCCCUUCUUUUUUCUUUAAUUAUUAUUUUCUCUGAACUUGAUCAAUAUUAUUGAUCUAGAAAAAUGAAGCUCGAGUAUUUGGAUUACAUAUUGGUGCCAUUAGGUAUGGGUUUGAUGGUAUUCUAUCAUCUCUGGCUUCUCCACCGCAUCAUCCACCGUCCAUCUUCCACCGUCGUUGGCCUCAACGCCUUCAACCGACGCCUCUGGGUCCAAGCCAUGAUGGAGGAUUCAUCAAAGAACGGCGUUCUAGCGGUUCAAACGCUAAGAAACAACAUAAUGGCUUCAACUCUAUUAGCAUCAACCGCGAUAAUGUUGUGUUCACUAAUUGCUGUACUAAUGACCAGCGGUACGGGAGAACGAUCUGUCUGGUUUGUGUUUGGAGACAAAAGCGACCGAGCCUUCUCGAUCAAGUUUUUCUCAAUCCUCGUUUGCUUCUUAGUUGCGUUUCUUCUCAACGUCCAAUCAAUACGUUACUACAGCCAUGCAAGCAUCCUCAUCAAUGUCCCUUUCAAAAAGCUCAUGGCUGUUUCUUCGGGUGGUCAUGGUCGUGGUAGUCUUAUGAUAAACCAAGACUAUGUGGCUGCAACGGUUAACCGUGGCAGCUACUUCUGGUCGUUAGGACUAAGAGCGUUCUACUUCUCAUCGCCUUUGUUCCUAUGGAUCUUUGGUCCAAUCCCAAUGCUCAUAACUUGCUGCGUUCUUGUUUCUUUGUUGUACUUUCUUGAUUUAACAUUCGACUCGAUGGAUUGUAGCGUUGGGGUCGCGGAGGCAGAGGAGACUGAGAUUAGAAGCUUAGCUGACAAUGUGUAGUAAUUUUAGUUGAGAGAUUGAGAGCUUUCGUUAGUGGAACAUACUGGUUUCAUAAGUUGCAUCGAUUCAGGUUCAAUGGUUGUUGAACCAUGUCAACUAGUUAUUCUGUUGCUUAGUGAAUAAAACGUUAUUAUCUCCAAGUUUUUCUAAUGUGUGAUAUAUAUUUAAUUAACAGUAAAUUUUCCAA